CCAGCUCGCAGGGCCGGUUGCAGAGUCCCUGGUCUACUCUGCUGGUAACCAGGCUUCGGAGCUCUCUGCAUCUCCUGGCUGCGGCUACUUGCCUCUGGAGAACACCCGACCGGCCCCGAACCGCCAGGGCAGGACCCAAGAUGGUACUCUCCCUCCUAGCAGGGUUGAUGGUGAAAAUGUUCUUUCUCUCCUUCCUUCUGCAAACUACGCUCUCGCUGAACCCUGAUGAUCCGAAUGUGUGCAGUCACUGGGAGAGCUAUGCCGUGACAGUCCAGGAAUCCUAUGCCCAUCCUUUCGACCAGAUCUACUAUACAAGAUGUACAGACAUUCUCAACUGGUUCAAGUGUACGAGGCAUCGAAUCAGUUAUAAGACGGCGUAUCGGAGAGGCCUGAGGACCAUGUACCGACGGAGAUCCCAGUGCUGCCCAGGAUACUACGAGAACGGGGACGUCUGCAUCCCCUUGUGCACAGAAGAAUGCGUCCAUGGCCGCUGCGUCUCCCCUGACACCUGUCACUGUGAGCCUGGCUGGGGAGGCAUUGACUGCUCCAGUGGCUGUGACAGUGACCACUGGGGUCCCCACUGUAGCAAUCGCUGCCAGUGUCAGAAUGGUGCCUUGUGCAACCCCAUCACGGGGGCGUGCGUAUGUGCUGAUGGCUACCGGGGCUGGCGCUGUGAGGAGUUCUGUGAACCAGGGACCCACGGAAAGGGUUGUCAGCUCCCUUGUCAGUGCCAUAAUGGUGCUACCUGUGACCCUCGAACUGGAGAGUGCCACUGUGCGCCGGGCUACACUGGUGUCUACUGCGAGGAACAGUGCCCGCCCGGGAGCCACGGGGCGCACUGUGACCUGCGUUGCCCCUGCCAGAACGGGGGUACCUGCCAUCACAUCACAGGGGAAUGUGCUUGUCCCCCCGGAUGGACAGGAGGGGUGUGUGCCCAGCCCUGCCCACCAGGAACAUUUGGCAUCAAUUGCAGCCAAAACUGCCCAUGCCACCAUGGAGGGCAAUGUGACCACGUGACAGGACGGUGCCACUGUGCAGCUGGCUACAUGGGAGAUAGGUGCCAAGAGGAGUGCCCCAUCGGCACCUUUGGAUUCCAGUGCUCCCAGCGCUGUGACUGCCACAACGGAGCCCAGUGUUCCCCGGCCACCGGUGCCUGCGUGUGUGACCCAGGCUACAAAGGACCGCGAUGCCAGGAGCGCCUGUGCCCGGAGGGCCUGCAUGGCCCACAGUGUACCAACCCCUGUCCUUGCAAUGCCACCAACACCCUCAGCUGCCAUCCUGUGUCAGGAGCCUGCACAUGCCAUGCAGGUUGGGCCAGCCCAUACUGUAACGAGUCCUGCCCUGCUGGCUCCUAUGGAGAGGGAUGUCGGCUACAGUGUGCCUGUCAGAAUGGGGCGGAUUGUCACAGCAUCACAGGGAGCUGUACCUGUGCCCCCGGCUUCAUGGGGGAAGUCUGCGCUCUGCCCUGUGCAUCCGGGACCUACGGCCCCAACUGCUCGUCUGUGUGCGCCUGCAAGAACGAGGGCGCCUGCUCCUCCGUAGACGGCACCUGUACCUGUAAGGAAGGGUGGCAGGGGAUUGACUGCUCCCUCCCAUGCCCUACUGGCACCUGGGGCCUGAGCUGCAAUGAGACGUGCAUCUGUGCCAAUGGGGCAGCCUGUAGCCCUAUUGAUGGCACCUGCUCCUGUUCACCUGGCUGGCUAGGGGACACCUGUGAGCAAUCCUGCCCGGAUGGAACAUAUGGGCUGAACUGUAGCGAGCACUGUGACUGCAAUCAUGCGGACGGCUGUGACCCCAUCACCGGCCACUGCUGCUGCCUGGCAGGCUGGACUGGUGUCCGCUGUGAUAGUACGUGUCCUCCAGGUCACUGGGGCCCCAACUGUUCUAUAUCCUGCAGCUGUGAGAAUGGUGGCUCCUGUUCUCCAGAAGAUGGGACUUGCGAGUGUGCUCCAGGCUACAGGGGGCCCCUAUGCCAAAGAAUCUGCCCCCCAGGAUUCUAUGGUCACAGCUGCAACCAGCCCUGCCCACUCUGUGUGCACAGCAAUGGACCCUGCCACCACGUCACUGGUCACUGUGACUGUCUCCCUGGGUUCUCUGGUUCCCUCUGCAACCAAGUAUGUGCUGGAGGAAGGUUUGGGAAGGAUUGUGCUCAGCACUGUUCAUGCUCCAACAAUGGAACCUGCAGUCCUAUCGAUGGCUCUUGCCAGUGCUUCCCCGGCUGGAUUGGCAAGGACUGCACUCAAGCCUGCCCAGCAGGGUUCUGGGGUCCUGCUUGCUUCCAUACCUGCAACUGUCACAAUGGGGCUGGGUGCAGUGCAGAUGAUGGGGCCUGUCGAUGCGCCCCAGGCUGGACAGGGCUCUUCUGCACCCAGCGCUGCCCCACGGCAUUUUAUGGGAAGGACUGUGGGCGUGUAUGCCAGUGCCAGAAUGGCGCCGACUGCGACCACAUCACUGGCAAGUGCUCCUGUCGGACUGGCUUUACCGGGCGGCACUGUGAACAGAAGUGUUCCCCAGGAACCUUUGGCUAUGGCUGUCAGCAGCUGUGUGAGUGUAUGAACAAUGCCACCUGCGACCAUGUCACUGGCACCUGCUACUGCAGCCAGGGUUUCAAAGGCAUCAGGUGUGACCAAGCUGCCCUCAUGAUGGAAGAGCUGAAUCCCUACACCAAGAUCAGCCCAGCACUGGGCUCAGAGAGGCACUCAGUGGGUGCUGUCAUCGGCAUUGUUCUCUUACUCCUGGUCAUCGUGGCCCUCUUGAGCCUGUUUGCUUGGCAUCGUCGGAGACAGAAAGAGAAAGGCAAUGACAUGCCCCGAGUCUCCUACACACCAGCCAUGAGAAUGACCAGCACUGACUACUCUCUGUCAGAUUACACAAAAGAAUCUGUGAGCAGCUCGAGCACAUGCUCUCUCAACAGCAGUGAAAACCCCUAUGCCACCAUCAAGGAUCCACCCCUCCUCACCUGCAAGCCCACGGAGAGCAGCUAUGUAGAAAUGAAGUCACCUGCUCACAGGGAUUCUCCAUACACAGACAUGCCAUCCUUGUCGGCAUCUAAUAAAAAUAUAUAUGAAGUUGGUAGGUGUCUUAAAUAACUCUGAAAUGCUGUGCAUAAGCUGAAGUAGAGAUAAGAUCCCCUAAACACACACCUCUUUUGGAGGGGUGGGGCAAAAGAAAACUUAUUACUACUUUUCAAGUAUUCCAGGUUGAACAAAACCUCCUAGGGCUGCCCCUUCUCUCCAGAGUCAAAUUUCUAUACCAAUACUACUCUUUUAAAAUUAUGAUUGGGAUGUAGUAUGUAUGUAUGUACAGUGGGGAAAUGUGUGGGGAGGUCCAUCUAUUCUCCCAGCAAUUUAUGGAAGUUUUCAAUUUCAAUUCAUUACUAAUCCUGAAUGAGGAUUUGUAAUGGUCCAUACAGUAGUGUUAAGGUUUCACCUAAACUUGAAAAAGUACAGUCCCUAGUAUCAGAUCUAAUGAGCUCAGGCUGUGGUUCUAUCAGCCUGGAAGGACUGAAUGACUAAAGUCCCAUCUUCAUUAUGGCAAAUCUUUUGGUUGUGAUUACAGUUUUGCAUUCUUACCGCACACUUUAGACAGAAUGCCAACAAAAUAGCAAAGCCUCGCUUCCAAACCCCAAGACUUGGUUUUCAGAAUAGCAAACAUGACUGCCUUUGGCAUGAAUUUGGGAACCUCUAUUUCCCUCCCUAGCCUGUGUUAAAAUAAUCCUUCCUCUUCCCCCAAGAGGCAAUCAAAGCUAAUCUGUUCUCUGAACUCAUUUUUCACUAUAUCCUUAGAACCCACAGUCAGUGUGGUCCAAGAAGGCCGUGGUCAUAGCGCCAGCUAUAUCCAGAAUCCAUACGACCUACCUAGGAACAGCCAUAUUCCUGGUCAUUAUGACCUCCUCCCAGUAAGACAGAGCCCUGCCCAUGGACCCUCUCAGGACAAACAAUCUUAAAAAGGGAUAAACACGCUUGCGAUGUGCUGUGCUGGACACAUUCUCUGAUUCACUGAAAGAAGACAAUCCUUUGACUUGAAAUAAUGGUAAACAAGGAACACUGGUAUGCACCAACUCCUGCUGCAUGACGUUAAGAUCGCUUUUUACACCCUCCACCUAGGACUAAAGAACAACUACUGGAAUAACUGUUCAGUGAAGCUCUUUGUAUGGUCCAUCCCCAAAAUAAUAUUCCACAUUCUGGACUGUGUUGUAACAACACUUUACAAGAUGAGUCAACACCAGCUGCAUAGACAAGUUGAGACAUGUCUGAAGACAUGUCUUCAGUGGAACAUUUUGGGGUUUGUUUGUUUUUUUAAACAAAUCCUGGGAAAAAGGUAAAGGAGAAGGGAGGAUGGUAGAGGAAAAAGGGGGCAAAGGGAAGAGGAAAUACUUUAAAAGCAACCAAUAUGGCAUCUGUAUAUUUGGGCAAUGUCAUUACUAUGCCAUUUCUUUGUAUAUUGUCUUUCUUUGUAUUAAGUUGUUUUAUGUUCUUCUUUAGACAGAGGUAGGGAGAGAUGCCUUGUGCCAUCAUAUUAUCAGUGCUUCAAGUAGCUAUGUGGCUAUGUUCUGGUUUUAUAAAAUCCAAAUGGCUCCAAGUUAUGGCUUGGUUGUCAAAGAAUUACAUAUGUCAACCUAAGUGUAAACCUUUUAACAGUUUAACUUUCCCCUUUUGGGGGUUUAAAAAUGAUUAUAUAGUUGUGAAUUUUAUAGAAAUACAAGCAUUUCCAGAGCAGCAGCUUUUUUCAAUGUCUAGAACAAUGGUUUCAGGCUAGUUUUGUCAAGAUGUCUUCAGACACAAAAUCUUGGCAGUGUUAGUCACAGGUUCAUUAAUAUCACCUUUGAUCCAGACCUAUUGUUGUAUAACACCUCAGUCAUUCUACCUAAAAACUAGCUUUCAGAUGAGGUUUUAAAUAGUCAUUUAUAUAACAGAAUGAAGGGCACCGAGAAUGGCUACUAAGUCUGCCUAAUUUCUUUUUAAAGUUGAUAAUCCUUGACAUAUGAAACUAAGAAUACUUGCUUUCAAGCAAUUCUUUGUAAAUUUUGACCUUGAUGUAGUACUCAGUCUAAAUGUGUAAAGUUAAAUAGGCAGAUAAGGAAUUAGCAAGUUAAUUUUUGAAAUGGUUGAGAAUAUUUUUUUGAUAGAACCAAAUAGAAUGAUCAAAGGAAGAAUGAACUUUGAUCAGUUGUUGUAGCAUAAACAAAACCACAGUAAAAAUUAGCUUCAAAGACUAGGAAGAAAAAUUUCUACUUUAGAACCAAUUGUUUCAAGGCAAUGAUGACCAAAAUCAUUGUUUCAAUAGGAUAGUGAUCUAAAAAUCUUGGUGUUCAGGUGUGUAGGUGCUGAUCACUAUGACUAAUGGGCAUGAUGGGACUUUCAGCAGGUAAGCUGAGGUUCUAUCAAGUGAGAGACAAAGUCAACACUUCCACCCUUAUGUAACAUUCACAAGAGAACUUCAAAUCAAUGGCAAGCUGAAAAACCCAAUGCCACAACUGUACCUCAUUCUCCAAUAUUGAUCCAUUCAGCAAGGAGCACUUCCAUGGAGUCCAGAAAGGAUUAACGAAAUGAUUAGUGAAGACAAAAAUGUUUCUAUAUCGAAGUAAGAGAGUUUCAAAGCCCUUAAUGCAAAUGAUAAUCUGCUGUACAAAAAAUUAAUAGUUAAAACAUUAACCAGAGAAAGAAAAAAAAUCUUUUCCAUACAUAGGCUUAAGCAGAAGCAGAUUUUCCCAUUAGACAAUGAUACCUAAUAUUUACAUGAAUGCUGCAUGUAUGCAUGGGAGCAAGUGGGUGAUCAGCAAUAGAAAUUUUAUGUUCCAGAAAAGCCUUAUAAAAUAUAAUUCAACAUUUAUUUUGUAGGUCCAGGUAACUUUUACAUAAACAUAUGUACAUAUAUGUAUACAUAUAUAUAAAAAAAGAUUUACCUCAAUUUCAGGGCAGCCAAUAUUCAAUUAUCUUUAUGCUGAAGAUCAACAACAUGGAUGAGUGAAGAUAGAUAAGGCAAAAUUUACGCCACCAUUUCAAAAACCAUUCUUAAUCUCUGCAGUUAUGCUGCUGGUUUGCAGCAAGCAAUGGACUUCAAAUGUCAAAUAUCUUCCCUAGUCACUGUCCAAUAGAAAGAAUUUCACGAACUGGCCAAAAGCCAGAAUCCAGGCACUCAAGUAAGGAAGCAUCAUUAACCUGAAGUAAAUAAUUUCCCAAAGAUAAUUGAGAGUUGACUGCAAAAAGGCAUUUCAACCAUAUAGAGCUAUUGUUAGGGAAUCCUGUCUAGCAUUAGCACAAGCAGGUUCAGCUGCCAGCUUAAACAUGUAAAUGCUAUUUCUAUAUAUUUAAACUGGAAGCCUAAGAGAUCUAUUCAAUUUUUCCAGAAGCUGGAUUUUCAACCAAAUGAAGUGAUAUGCAGAGUUCAAAAGAAAACAUACACACACACACACACACACACACACAGUAUGAUAGCAUUAAGUUAGAAACUAGACUAUGAAAUGGCAAUACUUUUUUAAAAAUCAAGACAGAUUUGUAAUAUAUUUGUUCACUGUGCAAAAGGUACUGUACAAAAUAAAGUUAAUUUCUCUCAA